AUGACUUCCCGACUCGACCGCUUGGUCACUUUACUUGAGACCGGAAGCACUCAGUUGAUUCGCAAUACAGCAGCUCAACAACUAGCCGAUGUACAAAAACAACAUCCCGAUGAGCUCUUUAACCUCUUGGGUCGCAUUCUCCCAUAUUUGCGAUCCAAGUCCUGGGAUACCAGAACUGCUGCGGCUCGGGCAAUCGGUUUAAUUGUGGCAAAUGCAGAUGUGUUUGACCCGAAUGAAGACGAUGGCCUGCCGUUAACAUCUGCAGCCGACGACGAGGAUGAUGUGGAGAUCAAGUCCGAAAUUAAGUCAGAGGAGACUUUUGCCCUUGUGGAUGGGUUCCUUCACUUUGAUACAUUGGACAUUGGCUCCGUUCUGAAGUAUGGAAAACGACUACUGGGAAGUGCCGGAAAAGAGUAUGAAUACUCACUGGCAUCGAUGGAACCUGCUGCACGUCUUCAACAUCAGAAAAAGACGCUGACAGGCCGCCUAGGCUUGACCGGAGAGUAUAUCGAGGAUGAAAUACUUGAUAUACCAGAGAUAGCCCCCAAACUCGCAACUCCCGCCCUACCAAAGCGAGAGUCUACAGUAGCUCCUAUUUCGCGGGAUAAUAGCAUCCCUGAUGUGCCAUCUCGGCAGCCUGCAUCACCAGAUUCCAAGCAGGAAGACUCGGGGCUCAGCAAGCGCCAAUUAAACCAGCUCAAGCGAAAGAAUAAACAGAACGCCAAAAUGGGCGCGAGCAAAGUUCGUGUAGUAGACUUAUCUUCCCGACGACCAUCAGAAAACGUCUCCGCCCCCGCAACACCCCACCCUGUUAAGACAGAAAACGGCAAUGAUCAGAAUGGAGAAAGCAAACCAGACUACUUCAACUUUGAAAAAUCGGCCGAAGACGACGAUCAAAAAAUUGUCACAGAGUUCAAAGGCGAAAUCGCACCCGAGCGACCUGUUAUUCAGCCCGACCUUGUGGACCAAGGCUCAGGCUGGCCUUUGGAGUGCAUGUGCGAAUUCUUGACCAUCGACAUCUUUGAUUCGAACUGGGAGGUCCGGCAUGGUGCAGCAAUGGCUCUCCGUGAGGUUAUUAGGGUUCAAGGUGCAGCUGCAGGUCGCAUGGAAGGCAAAACUCGGGCUGAAAACGACACGCUGAAUCGCAAAUGGUUGGACGAUCUCGCCUGCCGCUUGCUCUGUGUUCUCAUGCUAGACCGGUUUGGUGAUUAUAUUUCCGACAAUGUAGUUGCUCCCAUUCGAGAAACGGUGGGACAGACACUUGGUGCUCUUUUGUCUCAUCUGUCACCAAAGUCUGUUCGACUAGUCUACCGAUCACUUUAUAGAAUUAUCAUGCAAACUGAUCUUGGACUGGAUCGACCAGUGUGGGAGGUUUGUCAUGGCGGCAUGAUUGGCUUAAGAUAUCUGGUGGCAGUUCGCAAAGAUUUACUUGUGAACGAUGCCAAUAUGAUGGAUGGAGUCCUCGAGGCUGUCAUGAAAGGCCUAGCCGACUUCGAUGACGAUGUUCGUGCCGUCAGCGCUGCCACCCUUGUUCCAAUCGCCGAAGAGUACGUGACAUCACGGGCCGGUACUCUUGGACCUUUGAUGCAUAUUGUCUGGGACUGUCUUUCCAAUCUUCAAGACGAUCUAAGUGCCAGUACAGGAUCCGUCAUGGACCUGCUUGCCAAGCUAUGCACAUUCAAUCAAGUGCUUGAUGCCAUGAAGGCGAACGCAGCCGAUGACCCGGAGGCUUCCUUCGGCAAGUUAGUCCCUCGUCUAUAUCCCUUCCUCCGACACACCAUCACAAGCGUUCGCUCAGCUGUUCUUCGAGCCCUCAUGACCUUCCUGAAACUAGAAGGGGAAGACAGCACAAACUGGGUAGAUGGCAAGGCACUGCGCUUGAUUUUCCAAAAUAUGCUUGUGGAACGCAAUGAAGGUGUUCUCAAGUUAUCUCUUCAAGUCUGGUCAGAAUUGCUCAAGGCCGUCGAAAUCCAUGGGUGGUUCAAAGCCGACACUGAAAUUGCAAGCUCCAUCGAGCCCCUUAUUACGCUUGCGCUUGGUCCUUUCGGCGUUCCUCGAAGCCCCAUUCCAAUCAAUGCGACCCUCUUCAUCAAACCAUCUGGCCUCCCCUUCUCUGUUGCCGCACCACCACCGCCACCGGCAAAAAUAUCGCCCCCUGCUACUGGUGGACCGGAGCCAGGCAAACCCGGCCGGCGUCGCAAGUCAGAAAAGAAGGAAGCCCCUACUCCCUCCACCCACAACGUGGAUGGCCACAUGUUGUCUGGAGACAUCGAACUCAUCGGAGCGGAUACCAUGCUUCGAUCAAAGAUCUUUGCUUCAAGAGCCUUGGGAGAAUUGCUUUCUGUAUGGGAUAAGCACGAACUCCCAAGUUUCUGGUCUGAAAUCAUGGAUGGCCUCAGUCUCUCAGCUUCUACUUCCCAGCUUUGCUCGGCUAUGAUCAUUGAAGAAUAUGCUCGCUUCACUGGACCGGAAAGCAAAUACACCUCCUCACUCACAGAGAAGAUUCGCCCAAUUGUUGAAGGCGACCGCCCAUCAUGGUAUUCGGACAUUUCAAGCUACCUUACGGUCGCACGAGCCCACUGCCACUCUUUGUUGAACAUCUUCAGAGAUCACGCACAUGUAAUGCCAUCCCGCUUGCCAACCUUGGCUGUCGUGGUGCAAGGCGAUCCCGAGGCUGGUCCUAAUGCAUUCUCACUCGCCGAUGCCGUGAAGCUCGUGGGCCCAGACUUUGACCGCCUGAAGAAGAACUUGACACCUGCUCAGCGUAUCACUGCCACUCAAGUGUUGACUGACACUCGCAACACUGCGCAAACCGCUGUCGACGAUGCCUCUGGUAUCAAAGACCAGCGUGACAUGCGGGUCAUAGCAGCUGCCGCAGGUGCAUUGGUCGCCUUAGGUGAUAUUCCCAAGCGCCCUGGUCACAUAAUCAAGGGUAUGAUGGAUAGCGUGAAGAAGGAAGAGAAUAUUGAACUUCAACAACGGUCAGCAACCGCCGUUGCAAGCCUCAUCGAACAUUAUACUGCAGCUACCAAACGUGGACCUGUUGACAAGAUCAUCGGAAACCUCGUUAAAUACUGCUGUGUGGAUACCUCGGAGACCCCCGAAUUCGCUCACAAUGCCCAGCUAGAGAAAUCAAUCUUGUCCUUGCGCAAGGAAGAAGACCGACGCGAUCACCCGGAUGCUGCCAAGUUCGAACGCGAGGCUAAAGAAGCUCGUAUCAUGCGCCGUGGUGCCAAGGAUGCCUUGGAGCAACUCACUGUCAAAUUUGGCGCUGAGCUGUUGGAGAAGGUACCAAACCUUGCGGCACUGAUUGAACGCCCAUUGAAUGAUGCCUUAGCGGGUGAACUGCCUGAAGACAUCGCGAACCCCGAGAACGAGCUCGGCCAAGAAGUUGUGGACGGUCUUUCUACACUCCGUGCCCUCCUCCCCAAAUUCGAUUCUGGUCUGUAUCCUUGGGUCAAUGGUCUCAUGCCACUUGUUGCCAAGGGCUUGCAGUGUCGUUUGUCGGUGAUUCGUUACGCAGCGGCUAAAUGCUUCGCUACAAUCUGUAGUGUUAUAACCGUGGCAGGUAUGACCAUGUUGGUAGAGAAUGUCCUCCCAACAAUCAAUCGCGCUUUAGAUGUUCAUCAUCGCCAAGGAGCGAUUGAAUGCAUCUACCAUCUUAUCCACGUCAUGGAAGAUGACAUCCUCCCCUAUGUCAUUUUCCUUGUCGUCCCUGUUCUCGGCCGUAUGAGCGACUCGGAUAAUGACGUUCGUCUGCUGGCAACCACUUCCUUUGCCACACUGGUCAAACUUGUACCACUGGAGGCUGGUAUUCCAGACCCACCUGGCUUCUCUGAGGAGCUGCUCAAGGGUCGUGAUAGAGAGCGGAAGUUCAUGUCCCAAAUGUUGGACGUGCGCAAGGUUGAAGCCUUCGAGAUACCCGUCGCCAUCAAAGCAGAGCUUCGUCCGUAUCAACAGGACGGUGUCAAUUGGCUGGCCUUCCUCAAUCGCUAUAACCUUCAUGGUAUUCUCUGCGAUGAUAUGGGUCUUGGAAAAACACUUCAAACCAUUUGUAUCGUCGCUAGUGAUCAUCACAUGCGAGCGGAAGAAUUUUCAAAGAGUCAGGCCCCCGACUCUCGCAAACUUCCCUCGUUGAUCGUUUGCCCUCCUUCCCUCUCCGGACAUUGGCAACAGGAAGUCAAGCAAUACGCCCCCUUCCUGAAAUGUAUUGCCUAUGUCGGACCUCCAGCAGAACGAGCGAGACUCCAGCCCCAGCUUGCUACAAGUGAUAUCAUUGUGACCUCCUACGAUGUCUGCAGGAAUGACAAUGCAAUUCUCAACCCCAUCAACUGGAAUUAUUGUGUGCUUGAUGAGGGUCAUCUAAUCAAAAAUCCCAAGGCCAAAAUCACGCUUUCUGCUAAGCAACUACUGAGCAACCACCGCCUUAUUCUCUCUGGUACACCUAUUCAGAAUAACGUUCUUGAGCUUUGGUCUCUAUUCGACUUCUUGAUGCCUGGAUUCCUCGGUACCGAGAAAGUCUUCCUCGACCGAUUUGCCAAGCCAAUUGCGGCAAGCCGCUUCAGCAAAUCCUCAUCAAAGGAGCAAGAGGCCGGUGCUUUGGCAAUUGAAGCGCUUCACAAACAAGUUCUGCCAUUCCUCCUGCGUCGUCUGAAGGAAGAGGUGCUGAAUGACCUGCCCCCGAAGAUCAUACAAAACUACUACUGCGAUCCCAGUGACCUCCAGAAGAAGCUCUUCGAGGACUUUUCGAAGAAGGAGCAGAAAGAACUCCAAGAUAAGGUUGGCAGUACGGAGCGAAAUGACAAGGAGCAUAUUUUCCAGGCCCUACAGUACAUGCGUCGUCUGUGUAACUCGCCCGCUCUGGUUGUCAAAGAUGGUCACAAGCAGUACAAUGAAGUACAGACGUACCUCUCAUCUAAGCGGUCUAAUAUCCGUGAUGUAUCACAUGCUCCGAAGCUCUCUGCUCUUCGUGACCUGCUAGUUGACUGUGGCAUUGGUGUCGACAGCCCAGCUGAGGGCGAACUCGAUACCGGUGCCAGCUAUGUCAGCCCACACCGUGCACUUGUCUUCUGUCAAAUGAAAGAAAUGUUGGACAUCGUCCAAAACGAUGUUCUUAAGAAAUUGUUACCAUCUGUUCAGUACCUUCGCCUGGAUGGUGGUGUUGAAGCGACCAAGCGCCAGGAUAUCGUCAACCGAUUCAACACCGACCCCAGUUACGACGUCCUGCUUCUCACCACUAGUGUUGGUGGUCUAGGUCUCAACCUGACAGGAGCAGAUACUGUUAUAUUUGUUGAGCAUGACUGGAAUCCACAGAAGGAUAUUCAAGCCAUGGACCGCGCUCACAGAAUCGGCCAGAAGAAGGUCGUUAAUGUAUACCGUCUGAUCACAAGAGGAACCCUUGAGGAGAAGAUCCUGAACCUACAACGAUUCAAGAUCGACGUCGCCUCCACGGUGGUCAAUCAACAAAAUGCCGGUCUAGGAACAAUGGACACAGACCAACUGCUUGAUCUGUUCAAUCUAGGCGAAACGGCAGAUACAGCUGAGAAACCAGGUGAUCAGACCGGCAACGAAGUAGACAUGGUCGACAUUGAUGGUGAAGUCAAGGAGAAGGGCAAGAAGGGCUGGCUAGAUGACCUGGGCGAGCUCUGGGACGAUCGUCAAUACCAGGAAGAAUACAACCUGGAUUCGUUCCUGGCGACUAUGAAAAACUGA